ACGAAGUUAAAAAAGUAGGCACAGUAACUGAAGAAAGCGAAGUAAACGAAGAAGACGAAGUUAACAAAGUAGGUAUAGUAACCGAAGAACGCAAAGUAAAUGAAGUAAGACAGAACGAAUGGAACGAACAAAGUGAAGAAAAAAAAAUCAAAAUAAGUGAGACGAUGUUAAAAA